AUGUCCGCCCGCCGUCCUCACAAUCAGUCCUACGCCGAUGUGGCCGCAAAGCCCGCGCCGCAAGGCAAGUCCGACGUGACCCCAGCCGUCCCCGCCUUAUUCUCUUCGGUGUCUAGAGAUGUGAUUUAUAAACUCCUCGGCUUCACAGCAGCCAUGGUGGCUGGCCCCAUUGGGAUGUACUUCCUGACCGUGAACACUAUCUUUAGCGGAAGCUCAACACUGGCCGGAAUUACUGCGGCCGUUACCGCAAACGUGGUCUUGUUCGCAUACAUCUACGUUGCCUGGAUGGAGGACCAAGAGGACAGACAAGCACCCAAGUCAGACUCCAAGAAGGCGCAAUAG